CUUCCUCACCGUUCAGACCACAAUCGACUUUUUUUUUCUUAUGACUCUCUGUGUGAGGGUCCUUAUUUUCUUCUGACUUUUUUCUAAUUUUUAUGGAUUUUGACGUGGAUGGCCUCAAAUGUGGAUAAAGAGUAUCCAAUACCGAACAUUAACACCAUCCUACACAAGAACAACAGAGGAAGAUUACCAGUGGUACAAGUGGGAGUAAACGGAAAAGUCGUUCACGUCCUCCUCGACACAGGAGCCGGAAUCAGUUACUUGCCAAUUUCAAAAAUCAAUCUGAAAGAUCUGGACCCAACCUAUCAACUACAAGCUCACGCAGCGAACGGAACACCCAUCUUGUUCCAUGGAAUCGUGAAACUAGCUCUUCGAAUGGGAAAUCGUGUGUUCGAACACACUCUACAUGUUUCAGACGACAAAGAUUGCCCUACCGAAAUGUUGUUGGGAACAGACUUCAUGAAAAAGGCUUUUAUGAAAUAAUGUUGAUGAGGAUUAUGCAACGGAACACGACUAACAGAUAAGAAAUAUUGUUUAUGGACGGACCAGGUGCCUUGAUAUUUUUGCGGCAAGAUACUCUCGUUCGAGACUCGUCAGAUCUGCAUCAUGAUUUUAAAUAUAUCAUGAUUUUAAAUAUCUUUAAUUUAUUGGUUUUCAAUCUCUUUUCUUUUUCCGACACAAUCAAUGCUUUUUGAAUAAUAAAGAAAGAAUAACCAUG